UCACCGGUCCGUCUUCUACUGCUUUGGCCUGGCCCCCGUGUCCCACCCCCGCCGGCGCCUACGCACGCCCCCCACGUUCAGACACCACAGCAAGCAAACCCUCGGCGACGAAAGCUGCAGCGCGAAAUCGAAUACGGUUUCGCACCACGCCGCCGCGAGACAGCGAGAGCGCGAGCGCGAGCGAGAUCAUCAAAAGGAUCGAGACAAGCAGAAGGCGCCCACGGAACCAACCAAAGCUUUCGUCCCCGCCCCCGCCCCCGACGACCAAGCAGGAGGAGAGAUCGGUUCCGGCCGGCCUUCCGGGACACGCCGGCCGCGCGCGCUCUCGUCGUCCCCCGCUUCCUCUUCUCCGCGUCCGACAAGAGAAAUGGGGCUCCUGGAGCUCUUCGUCACGGCGUGCAUGCCCGUUCUCAACAUGCUGCUGGUUACUGGCGUUGGGUCAUUCCUGGCAACUGACUCCGCUGGGAUACUGGGGAAAGAAGCGAGGAAACACCUAAACUAUGUAGUGUUUUAUGUCUUCAACCCGUCUCUUAUUUCAACCUAUCUGGCAAAAACAAUCACCAUGGAAAGCUUGGCCAAAUUGUGGUUCAUGCCGGUGAAUGUGCUCUUCACUUUCACCUUCGGGUUGAUCUUCGGUUGGAUCGUCAUAAAGGUCACCAGAGCUCCCCUCAAGUUAAGAGGCCUCAUUUUGGGUUGCUGUUCUGCUGGCAAUCUGGGCAACAUUUUUCUCAUCAUCAUUCCAGCUCUCUGCAAAGAGAAGGGGAGCCCGUUCGGCGCGCCUGAUGUUUGCCAGACUUAUGGACUAGCCUACUCAUCGCUCUCACUGGCUAUUGGUGCCGUCUUUCUGUGGACGGGCGCAUAUAAUAUUAUCCGGGCAAAUUCAAACGUCACUGAAGAAGAUGGCAACUCCCCAAUAACUCAAACAAAAGUAUUGGUUUCUGGAAGCACAAUAAGUGCAGUUUCAGAAGAUAAGCAUUCGAUCUCGAGUGAUCGCGUCGACGAAUGCGCUCUCCUGUUGAUAUCAAAUCGAACCAAAACAAAGGUCCCAUUAUUGGAGAGAGCAAAAGGAUUUGUAUCAUCAGUUUCUGGAGCAGUUGAUUUGAAGAAGCUAUUUGCUCCUUCAACUAUUGGAGUGAUUGUCGGGUUUAUAAUUGGAGGAACACCUCUGAUUAGAAAUGCUCUGAUCGGCGACGAUGCCCCUCUUCGUGUCCUUCGCGAUUCCGCUGAACUAAUCGGUGGAGCAGCCGUUCCGUCCGUCACGUUGAUCAUGGGAGGGAACCUCAUCACAGGGCUGCGUGGAAGGGCGAGCGUCCCGCCGUCGGUGAUCGCCGGCGUGGUGGUGGUCAGGUACGUGCUGCUGCCUCUGGUGGGCACCGUGCUGGUGAAGGCCGCGGUCCGCUACGGCGUCAUCCGGCCGGACCCGCUGUACCAGUUCGUCCUCCUGCUGCAGCACGCCGUCCCGCCCGCCAUGAACAUCGGGACGAUCACGCAGCUGUUCGGCGUGGGGGAGAGCGAGUGCUCGGUGAUCUUCGUGUGGGUGUACGCGCUCGCGUCGGUGGCCGUCACCGUGUGGUCGGCGUUUUUCAUGUGGACGCUGUCGUGAGUCGUGACUGAGUCUCUCCCGGCGCCGACGUACGACGGAGUACAAUGGAAGGCCGGCGAGGCGAGCUGAGAGCGAUAUCCGUUCCGUCCAUGUCUCGAGGCUUACGGUGAACGGUGGCCGCCAGGCAUCGCCGGAGGGCUCGAGUGGGCGAGGCGACCGACGGCUUGGAGAGUGUCAGUAUGUGGGGCAGAGAUCGCCUGGCCAAAGGAGAAGCAUGUUCUGUACUAUGUAAACGUUAGUGGUGUGUUUGGCCGAAGUAUCAUGGUUCCAUUUCACAAGAAUGAGUCGGUUUUUAUCCUUUUGUUUAAUAGAAACACCGGGAAUGAAAUGAUUACAUAUAUAUUGGUGUUUGGUUUCAGAGAUGAAAUGAAAAUAAUCUGUUAUAAAA